CUCGGUACAUUUCCGUAUUCUUCAGCCAUAUAACCGCAACACGUGUAUUUCUGUUGAUUAACUAAGUAGCUAGCUCGCAUAGCUAUUUGUGUAUUUAUUGGUUUGCAGCAAUGGGUAAAAAAGCACGCAAACGUAAUAACUUUAGUUAUAACUUAGAUAGAAAGAAGCUGAAAAAGAAAAUGAUGAGAAAGAGCAAACCGAUGAUUGAAUGUCCUCAAAUCCGAAAGGCUUGGGAUAACAGGAAGACAGCCAAGCAAAACCUACGAGACAUGGGACUAGCAGUUGGAAGUAAAGGUGUACUACCCGUCAAUAAGGCAAAGGAUGGACCAGUAGAUCAAACUGGUUUACUUAAACCCUAUGUUAUCAAAGAAAUGGAGGCAGAAGCCAGUCUCCCAACCAUAGACAAGACCACAUGCUCCAAUGAUAUGAUUGAAUUUCUCCAGCACAUGAUUAAGGAACACAACGAGGACUAUAAGGCCAUGGCGAGGGAUGAGAAGAAUUACUAUCAGGACACACCAAAACAAAUCAAGAGGAAAGUGGAUUUGUACAAGCGGUGUCACCCAGAGGAGUAUGCAACCUUCAUUGCCUCUUUGGAAACUGGGAGCUCUUCUGGAAUGCUUUAGUGAGAUCUUGGACUUUUACACUAAUAUUGUUUUUAAAAUGUACUGGAUGGAGAGUACAUUUACGCCAGUAAUAUCCUGUGCUUUCUUGGAGUAGUAAGGGAGUGUGUAUGUAUAUAUGUAUUACAUGUUAUGUAAUUUAUGUAUGUAAAAUUUUUGCUGGAGUCAUUACCAUCAUAGCUCCAGCACAUGGUUUUUAUUAAAGGUUACUAUCAUGCUUUUUUUUGUGUAACCAAAAGAGCAAUGGGUAAAAAAAUACAAAAGUGUACUGGUUUUCAACCAGAAUUUAUAUAACUUUUCCACACACGUGUUUCAACAAACAUACUGUGGCCAAAGACCUACUGAAUAUUGUAUUAUACUUCACCAUAAAUGUGCACACUUGUAUUAUACCAGACUUUGCUUAUAUUACAAUGUGGUGGACCAGAACUCAACUGCAAUGAUGUAGACUAAAUUCAUAGUGGGUCAUGGGUCUUAAGACAGCAUUGCUAUAUUAUGUAGUUUUGAUGAGACUGAUCCAACUGGAUUAGGCCCACAUAGUCUUGAAACUUGGAUAACUAGGAUUCCAUUGUAAGUUCUUUAUCCCUUUCAGAAGCAGCAGGCACCCUAGAAUAUCAUUUGAUACAAAUGUAAUUGGUAAAAGCAUUUCCCCAUCUAGCUCCAAGGCAAAUGAGUAUAUUUACAUUUAACAUUAAUAAGUCAUUUGAAGUUUAAAUAUCUUAGUUUGGUUACUGCUAUUUUUCACUGUGAAACAAUAUUUCAAAAUACAUCUUAUAGCAUUUCAACUAAGGGUUUUUUUUUUUUUGUUUUUUUUUUUUUUUUGCUAGACCCCUUUUAAAAUAAGUGCUUCAGUGUAGUUUAAAUUGCAGAAGUUAAAAGAUGUGUCUUGCUGCUAAGCACUGGCAGAGUAGGUCAUGAUUCAUGCCUGCGCAAUACUUGUUUGAUUCUUGUUUGUCUCUGGUAUUGCACCCAUGACUGAAUUUCAUCCCAGUAGUCUUCCCACUCAGUGCCCCCAGGCAAGCUGUUUCAGGCAUGAGAAAAGAUAAUUUUCUGUUGCUGCCAUUUGCAAAAUAUUCUGACUUCUGCAUCCUUGUAACCCAAACUGAGAAAACCUGAUACUGAUCACUGUUUAUGUUUUUUGAUAUCAGCAUAAUUGUUUAAAUACUACACAGCUAAGACUAUAGAGAUGAAAAAAUCUUACCCAGGUGUCUAGGAAAGGGUACAUGUACUCAACUGGCAUCUGUCCUGCUUUAAUAAUAAGCUUAAAUUGGCUAAACUGCUUAUUGGUGGUUAGCUGUGUUUAUAAAGUAAUUGUCAAUUCUAUAUUCCUAUAGGUUAGAUGGUCUGUCCACAUGAAAUAAUUAUUGUGUAACAAUAAAUAACAGUACAAUUGUGCUAAACA